CUGCUUUCGGUUUCGUUUAGUUUCGAGCAUCAGCAAAAGUGCCGUCGAGCGGAAGUCUCGCCCAGGUGGCAACCAGAAGAGAGUGAAGAGAGCGGCUCAAAGUGCAGUGAUCGGCGAAAGGACGUGCAAGGACUUUGGCUGCCUUAAGCUUAUGAAUUGCUGACGUGAGUUUGGGUAGCAUCAAGAGACGAUUCCCGCUCCACCGAAAAUGCAGUGGAAAAUUGCAAUUCUAAUUAUCGUAUUAGCCGGCAACGUGUCGUGCAUAAGAAACGCAAACGGAAAUGACAAGCAGCACAUUUCCGUAAAGUUGAAAAACUUCUUUCCCUCGGAGCCGCUGAACGAGGGAGGCACCAAGGAGCCACCGCCACAAAUCUCCGCACGCGUCACCUCCAGCUCGGGCUUUCGACCCUCACAAAUGCUGGAGUUUACGCCUUCGGAUGUGAUGCCCAGCGGUGGACUCAAUCGGUAUCCGCCCAGCUAUUUGGCGCCCAACUAUCAGCAUCAGUUUCCCAGCUCCCUGAAGCUGUCACAGGCGGCAAUGGACAAGCAGUUCUCAUUCCCCGAAGAGUCAUCGGGGGGCUACAACCAUCAGCUGGGCAGCACGCCGAUACCCACAACGCCGAUUGUCAGCUACCUGGAUCCGUACACCCAGCAGAACUAUGGCUAUGUGCAGACAGCCACUCCACCCACUGUGAUCCAAUAUCAGCGGGAACAACCCGACGACGAUCAGGUCUACACGGUGCAAUCCUCGCUGCUGGUUGGCAGCCAUCAGCCUCAGCAAUCACGUCCUGGAUUUGUGGACGAUGUUUAUCUUAAGCGUCCCGGCUAUGUCUUCGAUGAGAGCCCCGCGUCGGCGGUGUAUCGGAGACCCACGAAAGCACCGCCUGCGCUGCCAGCGCCACCCACCACAGCGUCGCAUAAAAUUUCAUACGAUUCGCAUGAUUACCCACCGCCAAGCUAUGCAGCCGAGCAGACAUCCAAUUUUGUGCCCCAAACACUGCCCGAAAGGCCGCUCUACAACCGCCAAGACAUCAAUGACAAUCGACCAGUGGCCCAACGACCCCAGCACCAGCCCCAGCCCCAGUACCAGCCCCAGUCCAGGCCUCCACCAUCCACGUCUAAUUAUGCAAACAACUUUGAUAAUUAUUUGCAGCGGCCACCACCCAGCUACCAGAGUCAGAGCCAGAGCCAGAGCCAAUCGUAUGCCCAACCCCAGUCUCAGUCUCAGUUGGGAGGGUCCAGUCCGACGCACUAUCAAUACGAGCCGCUGGCAAGACCCCAGCCAGGAGUGGGACAUGGACAGGGACCAAGACCAGGACACAAUUACUACGAGUAUCAAAUUGGUGAGAUACCGCCACCGCAAUCCCAGCCAGGACAGCGACCGAGUCAGUACCCAAACCAGUACCAACAGCAGCAGCAGUUCAACUAUCGUCCUGGAGCAGGGCCAACGACAUAUCGACCCAGUCAGUCGUCGGGCAGCGGCGGUGGUGGCGGAGGUGGUCUGGCCACACUGGCAUCGCUGUUCAGCUCAACGCAGCAGUACGCACCGCAAUUUACGAACCUUCUCCUAGGUGGAGGUGGCGGCACAGCCUCCCAAUCACAAUCCAGCCCAUUAGGCAGUCUACUCGGCGCAUUCGCUGGCAAUGGAUACCAGCAGCAGCAGCAUCAGUAUCAGAAGCCUCAGCAGGGACGACCACCCAACACACAACUCAUUAGAGCCCUGGAGAACAUCGCACGCAACGACGAUUUGGAGUGUGUGCCCAAGGUGCUCUGCCAGAUGAUUGCCGGUCAAACGUUACGUGGCCAAUUGCCAGGCUUCAUUACGUCCCCAGCCAUAGCCAAUUUCCUCACUGGCUUUCCCGUCGCCUCACCCGCCCUCAUCUAUGGCCGGGCUGCCCUGCUGGGACUCAGCGGUGGAGAGCGCAGCUGCCUGCAGAGCUAUGAAAAGUGUCCGAAGAAUGAGAUGGAAAUCAUUCACUAUCUGAACAAUCAUCGCGGGGGCUUCUUCAAGUUCUUUAGCGAGCCGGAGGAGCAGCCGGUGGCGGCGCAACAGAGCGAAGGUGGCGCAAGUUCAUUCUUCAGCAUCCUCUCAGCCCUGACAGGAGGUGGUGGAGGUGGCCAGAGCCAGGUGUACACCACACCGCGACCUGUGGCACCCAGACCACGACCCACGCAGCGACCCAGCACGGACAUUGCCAGCGGCAUUGGCAGCUUCUUCAGCCAGGUACUGUCCGAGUACCUGAAUGGCGUGGAGUACCAGCGCAGGAGGAGGCGGCGGAGGAGGAGCCUGUUGCCAACGGAAAUUAAACGCGCCAUUCAGACGGAUGAUGCCAGCCUGAUGCCAGUCGACUUUCACGACGAGGAGGACAGCCUGGACACGCAGUCGGGGAGGAUGGUGAAGUUCCAAGACGAUGACGAGGCGGAGGCGGCCCAGGCCCACACCGAGCUGAUUGGAGUGCUGCAAUUUCCCGAAGACGAGGGUCGCGUCGUCAACUUCAAGGACAUUGAGAGUGAGGAGGAGGAGUAUCAGGAUGGGGCUAUCCGCUUUCCGGACGCCACUCCGGCGGAAGCACAGCGCAACGACCAGAGUAAAAUUAUCCGCGAGUUCAAUCGCGAUGCGGCCCAGCGCAAAUUGAGAUUUCCCCAGGAAAGGGAGGAGGAGGCGGAGGCAGCUGGAGCUGUCAGACAGGCUAAGCACUUGGCUCUCAUGGAGGGUUGGCGGGCUGUGCUGCCCAAUGGCCUGAACGAGGCGGACUACGGUGUGGACAAGCGACGCGGCAAGAGGAUUGUUUUCAGGGAUACCAACGAGGAACUGGACGAGCAGGCAGCGAAUGAGGAGAGAUACAGGGAGGAGCAGCAAAGGGAGGCAGAAGAACAGUUGCGAGAGGAAGAAAUCAGAGUGCGGGAGAGAGAGGAAAUGAUCAGAGUGGAACACUUGAGAGAGGAACGCAUCAGAGAGGAGCAGCUGCAUGUGGAACGCAUCAGAGUGGAACAGUUGAGAGCGGAACGAGUCAGAGAAGACGAGCUCAAAGUCGAACGCAUCCGUGAGAUUCAGCUGAGAGAACAGCAAAUUCGGGAUGCACCCGAGCGCUAUCCACUGAAUGCAGUCUACGAAGAGGCAGCUCCACCCCAGCGAGGAGCACGAGUCAUCUUCCCCGAUCACUAUGAGCGCUAUAUACGCAAAGGAAAGAUACUGAAUCGACCCACCUAUGCGCCCAGCUACGAAUACAGCGAUCGGAGGGAGGAGAAGGAAGAUCGUUUUGUGCUGAGCAAUGAGCACAGGCCUGGUGCACACUACCGCCUGGAGGCAGGCGACUACCCGCAACCAAACACCCUGAACCAAGGCGAGUACAUGCCCAGCAGCAGUACGGUGCGCUUUGGGGACCCAUCCAAUGAGCGUCCCGCUCCACAGUACAACUAUCCCAAUGCGAAUUACAUCAGCGACAAUCGUUAUGGCAGCAGGCCAAGUCAGAAGCCUCGAUACGAGGAUGACAAGAACAUUUACGUGACGAAUUCGCAGGGUGUCAAUGAGUACUACAUACGACCCGAUGGCAGCAAGGUUUACCUGAGGGCGGGUUAGAGUUCGAAGGCUAAGCGUUGCUCGCACCAAAACCCCACUGAGAGGCAGCCCACACAAAUAGUCACAUAA